GGAUCCUGGUGAGAGAAGUGUAGCUGUCACCAAAGCAUCUCCUAAGCGAACCUUCGACAGGCGGCACUUUGCAAGCUCUAUCGUGCCCGGCUACCAGCUUGCCCUCUCUCCUUUCAAGCGGCCUGUACAUCAUUAGACAGGUUACGAAGCUCAGGCCGUUCAGCAUCUGCCAUUUGACAUCUUCCUUCCUCUUCCACCAACCCAUUUACUUCCCUUUGCACGAUCUAGCCCCUUCUUACGAUGGUGCGACUCCUUCCCAGUAUAGUGGGCGCAGCAGCUGCGGCUGCUUCUUGCCUGGUCGGCACCACGGAGGCAGCCGCGACCUCACGACAAGUCACGACGACCUACUGCAAGCCAAGUCAGCCUUGCUGGCCAAGCCAAGCUGAUUGGGAUGCAUUCAACCAGAGUAUAGGUGGACGGCUUAUCAAAGUGACACCUUGGGCAGACUCAUGCUUUGCCAAACCCAACGGCUUCAAUGCGCUGCAAUGCACUGCCGUCAAACAAGGUUACACGGAUCAAAAUGCCCGUCAAGACGUCAUUGGAGUCACGAUGGUCGACAACUGGUCGCAGUGCGGCGACGAUAGCUGCGCGCUAGAUCCUAGGAGCAGCCCCCUUGGCCUGACUGUUGCCCCGGAAGGUGGUGGCAGCAAGACCUGCGGCUUGGGGAGAAUCAGCCCUUACGCUGUCAACGUCGACUCCGCAGAGACGGCGAGCAAAGCCAUCCUGUUCGCGAAAGCUCGUCGAAUUAAGCUGACUAUCAAGAACACCGGGCACGACUACCUUGGCCGCAGUUCCGGUCCCGACGGACUGACCAUCUGGACCCACAAUCUCAAGUCGAUCUCAUACGUCGAAAAUUUCAAUGGAAAGGGCAAUGCGCUCGUAAUGGGCUCUGGUGUGCAAGCAGAUCAAGCAUACACCUUUGCAAGUCAGAAUGGCAAAGCUAUUGCGCUCGGCGCCGUGGCCACCGUCGGUAUCGCAGGUGGCUUCGCCUUCGGUGGAGGUCAUGGCCCGCUUGCUCCAACACGUGGCAUGGCCGUUGACAACAUCUUGCAAGUUACGGUCGUGACUGCUGACGGUACAAUCCGCAGAGCGAACAGCGAGACAAACUCUGAUCUCUUUUGGGCCAUUCGCGGUGGUGGCGGUGGUUCUUGGGGCGUCAUCACGGAAACCGUCAUGAAGGUGCACCCCGACGGUCCCGUUCAAAAUCUCGAGUACAUCGUCGACUUCAAAGCGGUACCGGAAGCGAACAGAGAUGCUGCACGCAUCGGCUACAUGGCCAAGCUUGCAGAAGUUCAGGAAAACCUGAUCAAGAAUGGCUGGGUUGGAUAUCAUUUCAUCAACUCGGACACGUUCCUAGGCUCGGUCGGGGUUCCUUCUUCUGAUUACGCAAAAGCCACUCAGGAAGUUGCGCCGCUAGUCGACUACAUCAAAGCCCAGCCUGGCUUCACCUUCAUUCCCGUUGGUCCGCUCACCACGUACCCAACGCUCGACCUCUACCGUCGCAAGCUGGGGCUCAGUUCCCCACGCCUCACACCCGUCGGCUACGCGCAACGACUCUCUUCGCGCUUGAUUUCACGUUCCACCUUUGCCACAAAUGUAAGCCGCAAUGCGCUCGCAACGGACCUCAACUCCGCUUUCAAACGUGUGAGCGAGGCUCAGCAAAAGUACGCCGACCAUACCGAUCCCAUCGCACUCUUCAUCUUCGCGACCACUCCGUUGCCUUCAGCUAUGGGAGGUCCCAGGGGCGCGGACACCAGUCUCAAUGCAGCGUGGCGCGACAGCUUCUGGCACGUCGUCAGCGCCGCAAACUGGGUCGAGGGCAUACCAAGACAAGGCAAGGAUGACAUCGCUAAAGCUGUGCAAGAUGCGGCCAACUUUUACCGAAAGUACGGAUCGGGUGCGUACAUCAACGAGGCCAGCGUGGACGAGGUGGAUUGGCAAGGCGCCUUCUAUGGCGGAGGAGCCAACUAUAACAAGCUUUUGCAGAUCAAGAAAAAGUACGACCCCAACAAUGCGUUCCUGGUUUGGAAGGGUGUUGGCUGGACGGGCGCAGGGGAUCGCUUCGCGUGCUACAACUUCAAUUAAGCGUGUGUGUCUCCCUCUCUUUACGGCCGUUGCUGGUGUUCGUUCCCUCUUCUCUCGCCUUUUCGCCCUUGUCUUCCACCCCGCUCUGUUACCUCGAUCAGCUUUACAGCGGCAAAUCUGCCAGACCAAUGCAUACGAUGUCACGCGUCU